UAUUUUUCAUAUAUUUUUUAGUGGUUUUGAAAAACUCUUGAAAUUUCUAAACUGAGAAGGACAAGAGCUUUGAACACAGGAUAAAUUUUGUAUCACUGCUGACACCCUGUGGUUUUAACUAAAACAAUCUUGAAUGGUAUAAAACCAUUAAGCUAACAUGGCGACAAACGAUGAUGAACCAUUGCAUUUAUACGAAGUUUUUCAAAACUGUUUUAACAAGAUAGCCAAUAAACAACAAGAUAAAACUAGAGAUGUGCCCUACACUAUGCCUUAUGCUUCUCAACAGACUGAGGUCUUACCUCAGGAUUGUGUUAGUCUUUCUGGGAAUGAAGCCAUCCCAAACACAGAUGCCACCUACUUCCAGUUCAGUGGUUUGCCACGGCAAAGGAUUCUGACCAUUGAUGGAAAUAGGACAAAUGGUACAAACAAAAGAAAGAGAGAUGUAAUGGAAAAUGAAGAUAUAGCCAUUCAGUGGCAAUAUGGAGGAGCUGGAUGUGAAGAAGACAUACCUAGGUAUACCUCACCUAAACCGGGCCUUUGUGGGGAUUCAUAUUUCAUGGAGGCUUCUCAUGGUGUUGCUGACCCUUGGUCAUCAAGUGCUAAUUUGCAUUCAUCAUCAUACUCUUACACAACAGCAGCGAUGGCCAACACAGGUUCCAGUCUCCCUUCCACAUCAUCUGCCUUCUCAACCAUGCAUCUUCCAUCAGAACCAAUGGGUUAUCAAGGUGUCGCCACUAACCCUGACCACCCAGUCAUGCCACCAGUUCUUCCGCCCAUGUCCAGUUUUCAUGGCCCGUCCAACCGAGGUCCAACAGUGUCUCAGGCAACUGCUUCUCCACUGUAUGGCCAAAACAAUACAUCGCAAGCCCCCAUCCAUACUUCUGACCAAUUGGUCAGUCGAGGGGCCCAACAACCUUCCCAAACUGGAGAUGCCCUUGGCAAAGCACUAGCUUCAAUUUACUCCACUGAACACACAAAUGGCAGUUUCUCUUCCACACCUGCUACACCGGUCAAUUCGCCACCACCUUUCUCAGGUGUGCCACAGUGGUCUCGUAACACUCAGGCUGUUUUUACAGAUGGAGCACCACAUCAUUUGACUCGAGGUGUGAUGGAAGAACGUCUCGAUGAUGCCAUAAAUAUUCUAAGAAAUCAUGCAGAAGGAACAGGGCUUCAGGCAUUUGUCCCAGGAGGGGAUCUAACAAGUUCUGUUAUGUCAUUAGCUUCAGCUGCUGGACAUGCCAACAGGCUAGUAGGACCCAUUGCAGCACAUUCUUAUCCAGCUUCCCUUGGAAAAUCUGCUUUAGAAUCCCAUGUGCCAAGCCCUCAGCCUUUAACAGAAAGUACAUUGAGAAGUCGGACAGUCUUACCAAAUGCUACUGCACAGGCAAAUGCAGUGCAACACUGUGGCUUGCCAGUUGAGAAUGAGUCAGCUGUGAAAAUAGUGAAAAAUAAAGCAGACAAAAGUUUCACUGUUUGCAAUAAGUCUGCUACCCCUAAUGCUACCUUAACACCUGCUUCUCCAGCUCCUUCAUCAGACUCAAAUGCAUCUACUGCAACAACUAUAGUUACAUCUGCCACUACCACCACUCACAGUAAAGGAACCAAGCGAUCACAUUCAAGGUCUACUGAUGAAGAUGAUCAUGCAGAAGUUAAAGCAGAGAGAGAAAAAGAAAGGAGGCAAGCUAAUAAUGCUAGGGAAAGAAUUCGUGUCCGAGAUAUCAAUGAAGCAUUUAAAGAAUUGGGACGAAUGUGUAUGAUGCAUUUGAAAACGGAUAAAUCUCAAACCAAACUGAGUGUGCUUCAUCAAGCCGUAGAGGUUAUCACAAGUUUAGAGCAACAAGUUAGAGAAAGAAACCUUAACCCCAAGGCAGCUUGUCUAAAAAGGAGAGAAGAAGAAAAGAGUGAGGAAAGCCCAAAGUUAGCAGUGCAUGGACUUCAUCACCCAUCAGCAGGAUUAGACCCUUUGUCUCACCAUCAAAUGUCUACUUCUCUGCCAGGAAUCUUGGGCCUGUCACAACUCACUCCAUCUGUUGAAAACCUUAUAUAAAAGGACAUCUUCCUCCAUUGUCUCCAGCUAAUUCUCAACAGUAGAAUUCAAUAAAUGAAAACAGAUUUCUUGAUCUCUGCCUCUUCUGUGGAUUGUUCAGAAUUGUUUGGCUUCGGUAGUCCAAUUAAUCUCUGGAUUUAAUGACACAUCUCAGUGCUUCCUUUCACUUGGAAGAACACUUUCAUUUUAAUAAAGCAGCUGUAGGACUGCUGAAUUAUAAUGUUAUCAGUGCAUAGUGAAUAUAUUAGUGUUGUUAUACAAUUCCAGCUCUGGAAAUACAAGAAAGUGCAUUCAUUUGGUUGUAGAACAAUUAAAGAAAUUCCACUACA